AUGCGUGUUUUCCUCAACUUGGCCUAUGGACCCAUUGCGUUCCUUCUGCUUGCGUUGGCCUACAUGAAUUUCACUUCUGCCAGCCCGGUAGGAAUUCGCUCCGAGCAGUGUAGCACCGGGGACGUCCAAUGCUGCAACUUGCUCACAUUCUCGAACGAUAGCGUUCUCGGUCCUCUUCUCAACCUCGCUAGCUCCACAGUGACUGGUGUGGUCGAGCUGAUAGGCAUCCAAUGCACACCCAUCAACAUCUUGGGCCUCACCCAGACCGCUCAGUGCCAAAGCCAGCCACUAUGCUGCUCCAACAAGAACGUCGUCAGUAUCUAA